AUGAAUCGCGAAUCGCCGGACUCCUCAGCUUGGGAGCUUGGGAGACCCUGCCGCGGAGUGGAGGGUGAAGAACCUCACUGUCCGGUGUAUAUCGCAGCCCGAUACCCAGGAACACCUCCUAGCCACGAUGAGACGAAAGAUAUUGCGGACAGUGGAAGUUCUAAGCACUCGCUGGAGGUUCCACGAGUUCACUUCCAGAAGUCGCGAUUUCAGUGUUCGUCAUUUGAUUACAGUUCUCAGGCUACUACUCGUCCAGCCACAGGUUCUGAAGCGAUCGUCAUGGAAGGAUAUGAUGUCCGUCGUUUGACCUUGGAAGUGCCUUCUGAUAAAGAUGGGAAAUUCUUAAUGGCCGUUGGCAUGUUCUUCCGGCCACAAUGCCUGGAAUAUCCUCAACUGCAGCACCUCAUAAUGAUUCAAACAUCAGCGCUCGGUCAACGAUCACUGGGGGUCGUCAUCGGACUCGCUAAGAUGAGAAGGUGCUAUGUAUUCAAGGACGUCUAUGACACCGGAGAACUGUGUCUUGAAAAAGGUGCCAAUAGAGGAGCUGAUGGUCGGAAUUCUCGUAAACACGAGUUUGGCCAUGAACGUCGAUCCACAUGA